CUUAUCUUAAUAGCUCCUUUUUGAUUUAAUCCUAGAUCCGCCGGAAGAAGUGCGUGGGUAGCUGGGUCAAGCGAUUCAAUCCUAGAUCCGCCGGAAGAAGUGCGUGGGUAGCUGGGUCAAGCGGCGGUAGAGCGAGGAGAAAAGUCGCUAGUCAGGAACCAGAAUUCGGGUAUUGGUAGAUUCCCAGUCGCGGGUAGGAUCGUGCGGCAGCUGCAUAUAGCUGAAACCGCCGCAGUCCAACGCCAAGCAAGCGUGCCUCCCGUGAACCGAGAGCGGUCCACCCGCCGUGUCCGUCAAGUGAAACCAUGGACGUGCCGCUCCCGCUGCUGCUGGGCUCCCUGGCCGUUUCCGUCAUGGUAUGGUGCCUUGUGCUCCGCCGCGGCGGGGACGGGAAGGGGAAGCGGCCGCUGCCGCCCGGGCCCCGGGGCUGGCCGGUGCUGGGCAACCUGCCGCAGGUCGGCGCCAAGCCGCACCACACCAUGUGCGCGCUGGCGCGGGAGUACGGCCCGCUGUUCCGGCUCCGGUUCGGCAGCGCCGAGGUGGUGGUGGCCGCGUCGGCGCGGGUGGCGGCGCAGUUCCUGCGCGCCCACGACGCCAACUUCAGCAACCGCCCGCCCAACUCCGGAGCCGAGCACGUGGCGUACAACUACCGGGACCUGGUGUUCGCGCCCUACGGCUCCCGGUGGCGCGCGCUGCGGAAGCUGUGCGCGCUCCACCUCUUCUCCGCCAAGGCGCUGGACGACCUGCGCGGCGUCAGGGAGGGCGAGGUGGCGCUGAUGGUGAGGGAGCUCGCCCGGCCGCGGCGGGGAGAGGGAGGGCGGGCCGCCGCCGUGGCGCUCGGCCAGGUGGCCAACGUGUGCGCGACCAACACGCUGGCCCGGGCGACGGUGGGCCGGCGCGUGUUCGCGGUCGACGGAGGGGAGGGCGCCCGGGAGUUCAAGGAGAUGGUGGUUGAGCUGAUGCAGCUCGCCGGGGUCUUCAACGUCGGGGACUUCGUGCCGGCGCUCGCCUGGCUCGACCCGCAGGGCGUGGUCGGCAGGAUGAAGCGGCUGCACCGCAGGUACGACCACAUGAUGAACGGGAUCAUCAGGGAGCGGAAGGCCGCCGAGGAAGGCAAGGACCUGCUCAGCGUGCUGCUGGCCAGGAUGCGGGACCAGCAGCAGCAGCCGCUCGCGGAGGGCGAGGACAACAGGAUCAACGAGACUGACGUCAAAGCGCUCCUCCUCAACCUCUUCACGGCUGGGACGGACACGACAUCCAGCACGGUGGAGUGGGCGCUGGCCGAGCUGAUCCGGCAUCCGGACGUGCUCAGGAAGGCGCAGCAGGAGCUCGACGCCGUCGUCGGCCGCGACCGCCUGGUGUCCGAGUCGGACCUCCCGCGCCUCACGUACCUCACGGCGGUGAUCAAGGAGACGUUCCGGCUGCACCCGUCCACGCCGCUGUCGCUGCCCCGCGUCGCCGCCGAGGAGUGCGAGGUGGACGGGUUCCGCAUCCCCGCCGGCACCACGCUGCUGGUGAACGUGUGGGCGAUCGCCCGCGACCCGGAGGCGUGGCCCGAGCCGCUCCAGUUCCGGCCCGCGCGCUUCCUCCCGGGCGGCUCGCACGCGGGCGUCGACGUCAAAGGCAGCGACUUCGAGCUCAUCCCGUUCGGCGCCGGCCGGAGGAUCUGCGCGGGCCUCAGCUGGGGCCUGCGCAUGGUCACGCUCAUGACGGCCACGCUGGUGCACGCGCUCGAAUGGGAUCUCGCCGAUGGCGUCACCGCCGAAAAGCUGGACAUGGAGGAGGCCUACGGGCUCACCCUGCAGCGCGCCGUGCCGUUGAUGGUCCGGCCCGCGCCCAGACUGCUGCCGUCUGCCUACGCAGCGCAGUAGAAAAAGGAUUCUCUUCUCGAUGGCUAUCCCCGUCCUUCUCGCAUGCACGCAUGGGUCGUGGAAUUGUCAACUCGGCACUCUUGUUGAUGUGUGUAAACUCUAAUCUCUGCUAUUAAGGGUCCAAUAUGGACAUCCGCACCGUGGGCCAUGCCCAGCCUCAGCCAUCAUCGCCCUCGCCCCGCGGCUGCCUCCAGAAAUUUGUAGCUGGAAAUCGUUAAUUCAGAACAUGUGGUUAUCCAUGGAUC